AUGACACGCCCCUUUGAAUGUGUUAAAGACAUUAGUGACAACAAAGAACUAUGGAAAAUUGCAAUAAAAAUUCACCAUAAGUGGAAUGUCAUCACCAACACUAAACAACACUUUGAGAUGAUAGUAAUGGACAAAGAUGGGACAGAUAUCCAUGUCAUUGUUCCUCCGUUGUAUAGUCAGACUUUCGAUUCGCAGUUGGCUGUUAAUGAUACUGUCACUAUAUCAAACUUCCAAGUUCAACUCAAUGAUGUUGUCUUUAAGCCUUCCAACCACAAAUUUCUUUUGAAAUUUUCUGGUGGAACGACUAUUGGAGAUAGAAAUAAACAUUUAAUUCCUGAGAAAGAUUUAAAAAUAACUCCUUUUAGUGAUAUUAUUACUGGGAAAUGGAAAAAGGAUGUAUUGAUAGACAUCAUUGGCAUGGUUGACGAAGUUGGAUACAUACAAAUGCAAGCUGGUGGCAAAAAAUGUCAGGUUAACAUUAUUCUGAAAGACUUGAGCAACAACACAAUACACUGUACUCUUUGGGAAACGUAUGCUCAACAAUUUAUCAAAUACAAUCAAAACAAAAGUGAUCCAUCCUGUCCAACAGUAAUCUUGCUACAAUACGCAAAAGUCAAAGAAGAAGGAAAAUAUCCACUUUCCGUUUCAAACACCUACAAUGUAACUAAGUUGUUGAUCAACGAUGAUUUGAAAGCAAUUCAAGACUUUAUGAAGAGCAUCCCAAAAGAUGCAUUGUCUGUGAAACCCAUCCAGAAUGGUUCCCAGUCUCAAGUGUGGUCUCAAAGCUCUUCAAAUUCUCAGCUCUCACUAUACCAAAAAUUUGUCUCCAAAACUGUUGUCCUUCCCAUUGCUACAAUCAAGCAACUAAAAACAGAAACUUUUUGUACUACGGUUGCAAGAAUUGACAAGCUAAUCGCAUCCCAACAUGGUUGGUACAAAAUCCAAUUUGAAGUUGUUCAUUGCGGAUAUCGUUGUAAAUUUGUCUUGUGGGAUAGGGAAAGUGAACAACUCUUGGAGCUCUCUGCUGCCCAGAUGCGCAGCACCAUGAUUGAGAUUUGCUUAAUGUAUUCAGGGGGAGUUAGUGAUCCACUUGAGUAUCCAUUAGCACUUGACAAAUUAGUGGGUAAACAAAAGGCAUUUAAGGUCAAAUGGCAGCCCCUUUGGGAUAGUUGUUCUGUUGUUUCUAUAGCUGAGGACAAUGAUAUAUUCAAACAGCUUAGUGAAUCCUGUGGUCUGGAUGAUGUUCAAGUGACUGACCUCCCACCCACCCCAUUGCUUCAGAUUAAAGAAAGUGUCGACGAGGCAAAUGCUAUAGAGGAGUCCGAAGUAAUAGCUGAAACUGAAAUUACUUCCAAACUUAGCUCGGAUCUAGUCACCCCGACAGCUAAGAGAUCAAAUCCCGAUGGGUCGAGUGAAUCCACAACCUUAAUGAACCUUACUGAUGGUGAACUGUCUUCGAACAAACUUAAGAAGCAAAUUAAAAUCGAGAAAUAA